AUUGCCUGUCUCCUUGAAAAAUUGCUCAAAACUGAUCAUGCUAGAUCUUGGAGAUAAUAGAUUCUCAGGACCAAUACCUUAUUGGUUAGGCCAACAAUUACAAAUGUUAAGCUUACGAGGUAACCAGUUAUCUGGAAGCCUUCCGCUUAGUCUUUGCGACUUAACAAACAUCCAGUUGUUGGAUCUCUCUGAAAACAAUCUUUCAGGACUAAUUUUCAAAUGCUGGAAGAAUUUUUCUGCAAUGUCUCAAAAUGUUUUCUCUACUACUCAAAAUGUUAUUACUAUGUUUGAAGACAUUUUUUCUCCUGGAUAUGAAGGAUACGAUUUAUUUGCAUUGAUGAUGUGGAAAGGUACAGAACGACUAUUCAAGAAUAAUAAGCUCAUUUUGAGAAGCAUUGAUCUAUCAAGCAAUCAAUUGACAGGAGACCUUCCAGAAGAAAUAGGAAACUUGAUAGCAUUGGUGUCAUUGAAUUUAUCAAGCAACAAUUUGACAGGGGAAAUUACUUCAAUGAUUGGAAAGUUAACAUCACUUGAAUUUCUUGACUUGUCAAGAAACCAUUUCACUGGUUUAAUUCCUCAUUCUCUAACUCAAAUUGAUCGCCUUUCCAUGUUAAAUCUGUCCAAUAACAACCUGUCCGGAAGAAUUCCAAUUGGAACCCAGUUACAGAGUUUCGAUGCCUCAAGUUAUGAAGGGAAUGCUGAUCUUUGUGGCAAACCACUUGACAAAAAAUGUCCUAGAGAUGAAGUUGCACCUCAGAAACCAGAAACACAUGAAGAAAGUAGUCAAGAAGAUAAAAAGCCAAUUUAUUUGAGUGUGGCAUUGGGAUUUAUCACAGGAUUUUGGGGCCUAUGGGGAUCAUUGUUUCUUAGCCGUAAUUGGAGACAUACAUAUGUCCUGUUUUUGAACUACAUAAUUGACACAGUGUAUGUGUUUAUGGUGCUGAAUGUAAAUAAAUUUCAAAGGCGGCUUAGAGGCUUUCUGGAAAAGUUUGUUUAAGCAUCUCCAAUAGCACCAUGUGCAACUUUGUUGAAGAAGGGUAGCAGAACGAAGCUUCUCUCAUCACAGAGAAAUAAAAGAGCUGAUCAAGAUUCUGUUACGUAUCAAUAAUUUAAAUAAUCAAUUUUUGAAGCAUAUAUGCUGUGAAAUUAAUAUUACUAUUUGAAAGGAAAAAAAAAACAUGUGUAAUCUAAUUUAGUACUGUAAUGAUGCCACUCUUAGUCCUCCUUCACUUUUCUAGUAUAGUUGUAUGAAUGCUAUUGAAGAGUAAGUAGAAUUGAAAGUUCCCCAAUGCUGGAUUGGAGGAAAUGUUUGAAAGACAAAUAUGAUUGUUGUGAAUCACCAUUUUAACUUUGUAUUUCUUGACAUGUACUAAAAUGCUCUGCUACUUCAUAAAUUUAAGUUUUGAAGCGCGGCAGUAGUUUAUAGACCUUGUUUUCUGCUGAGAAAAUUGUCCAUUGUCGUUUUGAGUUUCCAUGAUAUCUUUAUUGUUUUUCCAAUAUGCUUUAUGGAAGCUUGAUAAAUGAUAAGAAUUGAAAUCUGCUUGAUUAUAAGUAAAUAGCGUGAGAUAUGAUUACAACUAUUAUUUGUUAUAGUAACUCAAAUGGGGCAUAUGAAUUAUAGUAACUCAACUAGUCAUCAGAAAAUGAGACAACUG